UAGUGCCUGUUCCAAGGUGAAGCAAACCAUAUACAGCAAUGUUCAGCCCUCAAAUUCCAAUUUGCUGUGGGACCCGGAGUUCAUGCUAGAUUUUAUCGAGAACCCUUCUGCUCACAGCAUUAACUACUCAAUGCUGGGCAAGAUGCUGAGCGAUAACGCGGCCAACCGCUACAGCUUCGUCUGCAACGCGCUGAUGAAUGUCUGCAUGGGGCACCAAGAUGCCGGAAGGAUCAACGAGAUGGCAAACCUCUGCGCAGAGCUGACGGCGUGCUGCACGGUGCUCAGCGCAGAGUGGCUGGGGGUCGUAAAGGCGCUCUGCUGCUCCUCGAAUCACGUCUGGGGUUUCAAUGACCUGCUCUGCAGCGUGGAUGUGAGCGACCUGUCCUUCCACGAUUCCCUGGCCACUUUCAUUGCCAUACUGAUUGCCCGCCAGUGCUUUUCCCUGGAAGAUGUAGUCCAGCACGUUGCGCUACCUUCUCUUCUUGCAGCUGCCUGUGGGGAUCCGGAUGCCGAGCCAGGGGCAAGGAUGACCUGUCGGCUCCUCCUGCACCUCUUCAGGACUCCCCAGGUCUGCCUCUUUUCCCAGGGAACAGGGAAGGUGUUUCCCGGGAUUCGUUCUUCUUGCGACCGUCACCUCUUGGCUGCUGCUCACAACAGUAUAGAAGUGGGAGCUGUGUUUGCCGUCUUAAAAGCAAUUUUGAUGCUUGGCGACGCCGAAAUUGGGAGCAACAGCAUCAACAGCACCUUGAAGAGCGAAGACUUCCCUGUGAGAGGCGUAUUGGAUGAGCUCAAUGAGGAUGAGGCGUGGGGCUCCUCUCACGCUUUGAAAUCAUGUGGGAAAGCUGUUUCCAUAGAAACCGCUAGUUUAAGCGAGUAUGCUCGAUACGUGCUGAGAACGAUUUGCCAGCAGGAGUGGGUUGGAGAGCACUGUUUAAAGGAACCCGAGAGGCUGUGCACGGACAAAGAUCUUAUUUUGGAUCCCGUUCUUUCGAACAAACAAGCACAGAAACUCCUUCAACUUAUCUGUUACCCUCAGGGCGUUACGGAGUGCACGGAGGGUGACAACCCCCAGAGGCAGCACAUCAAGCACAUACUGCAGAACUUGGAUCAGUGGACUCUCCGGCAGUCUUGGUUGGAGCUGCAGCUGAUGAUCAAACAGUGCAUGAAGGAGCCUGGUUCUGGGUCUGUGGCUGAAAUGAACAGCUUGUUGGAUAAUAUUGCAAAGGCGACAAUAGAGGUGUUUCAGCAAUCCGCUGAUCUAAACAAUAACUCUUCUAACUCUGGUAUAGGCCUCUUCAAUCCAAACUCUGUUGGAAAUGCUGACACAAGUAAUACAAGACAGAAUGGUAAAAAGACAUUCCUAAGUUCCUCUGAGCGACGAGGAGUGUGGCUGGUGGCGCCCUUGAUUGCCAAACUGCCUACCUCGGUUCAAGGUAGGGUCUUGAAAGCUGCUGGAGAGGAGCUGGAGAAAGGUCAGCAUUUGGGGUCGUCUUCUAAGAAGGAGAGAGAUAGACAGAAGCAGAAAAGCAUGUCUCUCUUGAGUCAGCAGCCUUUCCUUUCACUGGUACUUACGUGCCUUAAGGGGCAGGAUGAGCAGCGGGAAGGGCUCCUGACGUCGCUGCAGAACCAAGUUACCCAGAUCCUUAGUAACUGGAGGGCAGAGCGGUACCAGGACGAUGUUAGAGCUCGGCAGAUGAUGCAUGAAGCCCUACAGCUUCGUCUGAACUUGGUGGGGGGCAUGUUUGACACCGUGCAGAGGAGUACCCAGGGGACCACAGACUGGGCGCUUCUGCUCCUCCAGAUAAUCACUUCAGGAACGGUUGAUAUGCAGACCAACAACGAACUGUUCACAACGGUGCUCGAUAUGCUGGGUGUCCUCAUCAACGGGACGCUUGCCUCGGACUUGUCCAGCGCCUCCCAGGGAGGCCCUGAGGAGAACAAAAGGGCUUACAUGAAUUUGGUGAAGAAAUUGAAAAAGGAGCUGGGGGACAAGCGGUCGGAGAGCAUCGACAGGGUUCGCCAGCUGCUGCCUUUGCCCAAGCAGACGUGCGACAUCAUUACUUGUGAGCCCAUGGGAUCCUUGAUCGACACCAAGGGGAACAAAAUUGCCGGAUUUGACUCCAUUGAUAAGAAACAGGGUCUUCAGGUUUCAACGAAACAAAAGGUGUCCCCUUGGGAUUUAUUUGAAGGUCACAAAAAUCCCGCUCCUCUCUCCUGGGCAUGGUUUGGUACCGUUCGUGUCGACAGGAAGGUGUUAAAAUACGAGGAGCAGCAGCAUCUCCUCCUGUAUCACACGCACACCAAACCCAAGCCACGGAGCUACUACCUCGAGCCCUUGCCCCUUCCCCCAGAGGAGGAGGAAGAACCCACCACCCCUGUCUCUCAGGAACCAGAAAGAAAGCCAGGAGAGCUCUCCGAUCAGGGAAAACUUGCCACGGACGACGACAAGAAGACGAAGGGCAGGAAGCGGAAGUCAAAAUCAAGCUCAAGGGCUGACGAAUAUCCGCAGAACAACUUCUACCGCGUGCCUCCCACCUACUCGCCCCUCUCCUCGCAAAUGAUGCCCCACGCCCAGCCCGCGCUGUGGGGUUACGGCAUCGUGGGGCAGCCGCCCCAGCCGGGCUUCUUCCUGCAGAGCCAGCCCCUCCCGCCAGGUGGUUCCAGGCUGGAUGCGACAGGCUCCUUCGUUCCGACCAACACGAAGCAGGCCCUGUCGAACAUGCUGCAGCGGCGCUCCGGCACCGUGAUGCAGCCCCCCACCAUCCACGCGCUCACGCCUCAGCAGCAGUUGCUCCAGAUGAAGCUCCUGCAGCAAGAGCAGCAGCAGCAGCGGCUCCUCAGGCAGCAAGCACAGCCACCGCCUCUCCAACAGGUUUGUCCAAACUCCCGUGUCCGAAGGGCAGCCCAGCCCUUCCGGGGGGUCGGCCUGCGGAGCGCAGAGCCAGCCG